UCCAGCAACGACGCACGUGUGUAGAAGGGAGGGCACGUUGAUGUUUAAUUUUUGAUUUUAAAAGCAAUAAAAUUAAGUUUUAACAAUGGUUCCUACUGAAAAAAGUUUCCCGCGUGGCGGCAUAAUCCAUGCAGAGGCCAAAUCAGCAAACGCAAAUAUUAUUUUUGGUGCGACACAGAAGAAGGCUAAAAAGGGACAGCAAACCAAGGCAAAGGAUAGCUUCCUGAAGGAGCUCACCGAAGAAUACAAUGAUCAGCUGGAAUCGGCAUCCGCGGAAACGCUCAGGCUGGACACCCUACAGGAGGAUAUGCUGGUAAUGGGUGUAGUCAAGGAAGCCAACGCCACUACUCUGCAGAUCGCCAUACCUGGCCGAAUGACAGCCCGUACCCAGGUGAUGGAUAUAUCGGAGGCAUACACACGCGUAGCUAAGUCAGCAAUGGCUGGCGAGACGAGUGACUAUCACGACCUGAUGGAGCUCUUCCCAGUGGGCAGCAUUGUGUAUGGCAAAGCCAUCAAAACAGAAAAACCUGGCAGCAAUCGACCCUCCGUGCUGUUGUCCCUCAAGCCAGCCGAUGUCCAUGACAGGCUGCACCACAAGAACAUCAAGAAGGGAUUUGUCUUCUCCGGUGCCAUAUCCGAGGCCCUGGAGCAUGGCUAUGUGAUUGAAACGGGCAUCCAGGGCCUGACCGCCUUCGUGGCCUGUGAAUCGGCGGAGCAAACGUUGCAUGUGGGACAAUUGGCGUUCCUCAAAGUGAAGCAAGUGAAACACGAUGCCAGCACUAGCAGCUGCACCUGCGUCCAUGUGACGCAAGACGCCUUGAAGAUCAAGAGCCAAAAUGAAUCGAAUCUGGACUACAUUCUGCCCGGCAGCAUAGUCAGAUUUAAGGUGUCCAAGCAGCUGAAGGAUGGCCUCAAGGGCAGCAUCAUGAACGAAUCAUUCACCGCCUACGUAAACGAACAUCAUCUAUCCAAUGGCCUGGAGACGCCCGAGGACUACGAACUGAACGAGGAGUACAGUGCCCGUGUGCUGUAUGUCAUGCCGCUGACUAAGCUUGUCUACUUGACGCUCAAUUUGGACAUCAAGCAGAGAGCAGAAGACGAGGAUGAGCAGGAGCCGGCGGAGCCGCUGAAGAAAGGCUCCAUCGUGGAGAAGGCCAAAGUGCUGCGCUUGGGCAGUGGUGGUGUGGUGCUGCUGCUCAAUAAAAAGCUAAAGGGCAUCCUUUCCUAUAGCUCCAUCAAGGCCAACUUCAAGGGUAACUACGACAAGGACGAGGUGCUGUCCAAAUACGGUCGCAAAACCAAGCACAAAGUACGCGUUCUCGGCUACGAUAUGUUCGAAUCAUCAUACUACUGCUCCGACGAUCCCAAUCUGGUCAAUGAGAAGCUCUACAGCCUGGAAGAUCUCAACCCGGGGGACAUUGUCACCGCCAAAAUGAUCAAAAAGGAUGAGAAGAUCAACGGCUGGACGGUGAAGAUUGGCCGGCUGAAUGGCAUCAUUGAUCAGCUCUACCUGGCCAACAAUCUGCGCUACGAGGUGGGCCAACGGUUGCGCUGUCGCGUCCUCGACAUCAGCGUGGAUCGGCAGAUGUGCUAUCUGAGCAAUCGCAGCGAAUACCUGCGAAAGGAUGCCAAACUGUUGACCAAUCUGUCGGCUGCCCAAGAAGGUGGCGUCUACCUGGGCACCGUUGUCCGCUGUGAGCCCGGCUAUAUCCUGGUAAAAUUCGGUGAUGGCAUCAAGGGUGUCCUCCAUCGCCAGAAUCUAAGUGAGAAGAGUUCGCUGUCCUUUUUUGAGGGCCAAACCACAACGUUUCGGAUACUCAGUCGCAACAAGGAUCAAAUCACGCUGACCCUGCCCGAGGAUAAGUUCCAGCUGGGCGAAAUCUGUCCAGUGGAGAUAACCAAUGCCCUGGAUUCAGGUCUCGAGAUGAAAAUCACCUACCCCGCCGAUGAGGAUGAGGAUGAAGAUGCAGACACAGACGCAAACGAUGAGGAAGCAGAGCCCAAGGUAGAAGAAUUUCUGGGUCUCAUUCCAUCCAGUCUGCUGUCGGAUCACGUGGAACUGAUUGCCGCCCAGAAGCGUAUCCAUCCGGUGGGCUCGCACACGGAGGCCGCUUGCAUUGGCCAGAACAUUUUCAGUCUGCGCGAUGUGCCCUAUUUUAGUGGCCAGCUGACCACCGACUGGAAGACCGUCCAAGUGGGUGACAUAGUGCGGGCGUAUGUGAAAAAUGUGUCCACCGAUCAGGUGGUGGAUCUUAUGGUGGCCAUACGCGACUACAACAAGGUGGUCAAAGUGCACGUUAAGAUGCUGCGCCUGAAUGCCGUGCGGGCACUGCCCGUUGAUCUCUCGCCCGAUCAGCUGCUAUACGUCAAGAUUCUCAGCAAAUCUGUGGAGACCAAGACGCUCACAGUCUCCGCUAAACUCACGGAUGUGUGGAGCGGUGAUCUGAGCGACACGGCCAAGCUGGUGGAGAGCUACUUCGAUGAAUUGCUGCAGAUUAAGUCUGUGCUGAAGGAGAAGUCCGCACCCAUUGGCAAAUUCACUUUGGGGGCAACCAUCAGCGUGGUAUUCAAGGGCAUUGAUCCAGUGUCCAACGAUUGGUUGUAUACCGUAGAGGGCUGUCCGAAGGUGAAGGCUCUGCUGGUCUCCAGUUUGGCUCCGGCAGGCAACGCCGUCACCCCUCAGGUGGGCAGCAAGCAGCCCGCUGUUAUCCUGUGGAUCGAUUAUGCCGAGGAUCUGCUGCUUGUCAGCACCAAGAAGAUGGAUAUUGAGCACAUCAACACCGAAUGGCUGAUACCCAGCAAUCUCAUUGGCAAGACGGGCAUGAAGGCAAAGGUUCUGCUGAAACUGGACACCGUUAUCGUCUGCUCACUGAAGAAGGGCAGCAAUCCGCUGGUCAUCUGUCCCGUGCGACUGCAUGCCAACGAUGUGGAGAACUCGGGCAGUGCGGGUCUGCGGCCCGGAGAUUUCUGCAACAUUGGAUUCAUACACGAAGAGCUGCCCAUCGCUGUGCCGGAGACGGUCUGGCGAUUAUGGAAGGCCACAAAGCGACCGGCAGCGACAGCAGAAGAACCCCUGGGUCCAGUUAAGGCUAAGAAGGCCAAGCUUGAGGCAGUGGCAGAGGCAGCUCCAGUCAAGACCAAGAAGACCAAGGCCAAAGCAGAGCCAACGCCCACAAAGCGAAAGGCGGAAGAGGCAGUACAGCCAACCAAUGGACAGAAGAAGAGUCAGCCACUGACAAAUGGCAUCGCGAAGGAGACACCAACUAAAAAGCAGAAUGGCAAAUUCUUUGAGGACAAAUUACCAGCCAAGAGUGCAAAGGCAAAUGCCGAGGCAGCCAAGGGCAAUGCCAUACAGAAUGAGGCGGCAAAGGCACGCAUGCCAGGCGUUGCCAAUUUCUGGGAGAGCGAUUUGGGCCAGACGAAAGAUGCGUCCAGCGACGAGGAGGAUGCUGAGCCAACAGCUGCCGAAACUCAAACGAACGCCAACAAAAAGAAACGUCUCAGUGCCAAGGAGAAAGCCAAAGCGGAAGUCAAGGAAGAGCAGCGACUGCGGGAGAUAGAGGAACGCAAUGCCGAUCCCCAGGCACGUCUGGAGACCAUCGAUCAGUACGAACGACUGGUGAUUGCGCAGCCAAACAACAGCAUGUCCUGGCUGAAGUACAUUUCGUUCCUUCUGUCGAACACGGAGAUUGAGAAGGCACGCGAUCUGGCCAGAAGAGCCAUCGCAACGAUUUCGUUCCGCGAACCGCAGGAACUGAGAAACAUUUGGAGUGCCCUGCUCAACAUGGAGCUCGCCUAUGGCAACAACUUUGAUGAGGUGCUCAAGGAGGCGCUGCAGAGCAAUGAUCCCCUGGAGACGUACAUCAGUGUCGUGGACAUUCUGAAGAAGAACAAUCAGCGCGAGCGCCUCGCCCCAGUGCUUGCCAUACUGCUGAAGAAGUUCAAGUCGGAGGCAAAGGUGUGGCGUCUGGUGGCCGAAGGCUACUUCUGGCUGGGCAAAUCCGAUCAGGUUCAUUCGCUGCUGCAACGUGCCCUGCGCUCGCUGCCAAAUCUAGAGCACAUCAACUGCAUUGUGGCCUAUGCCAAGUUGUACGAGAAGAACGAUGACAAGGACAUGGCGCAGACGCUGCUCGACGACAUUGUGACCUCAUAUCCGAAACGCAUUGACAUCUGGUCUGUCUACGUGGAUAUGCUGAUCAAAACAGGACAAAUUGAGUCGGCGAGAAACGUUUUGGAUCGUGCUGUGCAGCAGAAGCUGAAGCCCGAGAAGAUGCAAGUGAUCUACAAAAAGUAUCUGGAGCUGGAGAAAGAGCAUGGCACCAAGGCGACCGAGGCCAAGGUAAUGCAGGAGGCCCAGCAGUGGGUAAAGAACUAUGCCAAGGCAAUCUAGUUCUAGUCCUACAACCGUAGGAUACGUAGAUAGAUGUUAAGAGAUUAAGUGCAAAAACCAACCCCAUAAAUACAGUGUUUUUUUUUUUGUAUGAAUA